UAGAUCCUCUUUGUCAGUAGCUGGUGCCUUUUCGGAUGUGACAUAAACAGCUAAUUUUCUUCGAGCUUCAGACGUCGCUUUUAUGUAGGUCCGAUAAAAGCAUUGAACAUCUGCUUUUUGUAUGCCCUUAAUUACUUCCACUUCACGAUUAGACAGAUCGAAAUCGUAUAGUUGUCUGACAAUUUGUCGCCAAUAUCUUGUACAUUGCUGGUUCAUUGUUUUAGGUUUUAAAAGAAGUGCAGCAAUUACAGAUUCCUUGUGUUCUUCAAAUUCUUUAUCGGACAUAUUCUCGAGCAUUUCCUCCACACUUGCCAUAAACUCCUCAAUGUGCUCAUCCAGAUCUCUCGGAUGAUACUUGGAUUGGAUCAUAACGCAAAUACCCUGGAAAGAGAUUGA